AUGGUUGGUCUCAACGCCCUCUUCCGGCCCGUGCCGCUCUUCACGACCGCCGCGGUUCUCCGCGUGGUGAUGCUCUACUACGGACUCUGGCAGGAUGCCUACUCAGCAGUCAAGUACACAGAUAUCGACUAUCUGGUUUUCACCGACGCGGCUCGCUUCACCGCACAGGGACGCUCACCCUAUGACCGCGAGACCUACCGAUACACGCCUCUCCUAGCAUGGAUGCUCGUCCCCACGGCCUCGCAGGCUUGGUUCGCAUUUGGGAAGUUUGUCUUCGCUGCUGCCGACUUGCUGGCCGGAUACUAUAUCGUGCGCAUCUUGGAGAGACGAGGCGUAGACCAGGCAAAAGCUCUGAAGUUUGCCAGCAUAUGGCUAUUGAACCCCAUGGUUGCGACGAUCAGCACGCGUGGAAGCUCGGAAGGUCUACUUGGUGUAACGGUCAUGGCCCUUCUUUGGUCUGUGCUCCAGAGACGGACGACGCUGUCUGGACUGCUCCUUGGCUUCGGAGUUCACUUCAAGAUCUAUCCCUUCAUCUACGCGCCCGCGAUUGUAUGGUGGAUGGACGAUGACGCCCUUGGGCGAAAGGGGGCCGAUCCCGAUGACAAGACAUUGGGAGAGGCCAUCGCCAAGUUCUUGAAUCCUGAAAGAAUCAAGCUGGCCGUUGUCAGUCUUGCGACCUUCAUGGGGUUGAAUGUCGCCAUGUACUCAAUCUAUGGAACGCCGUUUCUUGUGCACACAUAUUUCCAUCACGUUACGAGGAUCGAUCACAGGCACAACUUCAGCCCGUACAACAUACUAUUGUAUCUGACCUCUGCCUUACCAUCGACGUCAACUCUCCGCAUAGAAUCCGUCGCGUUUCUACCCCAGAUCCUUCUGUCGACAAUCUUGAUUCCGCUUGUUUUGGCCAAGAAGGAUCUCGCAACUUCCAUGAUGGCCCAGACAUUUGCUUUCGUAACCUUCAACAAGGUCUGCACCAGCCAGAAGUACUUCCUCUGGUACAUGGUAUUCUUGCCCAUCUAUCUUCCCAACUCGUCGUUUCUCAACAACCCAAAAUCGGGAGUUAUCGCAUUAGUUUUGUGGGUUGUAUCUCAGGCAGCCUGGCUGCAGCAAGGGUUUCAACUUGAGUUCCUGGGUGUCAGCACUUUCUUCCCAGGCCUGUUCGUGUCGUCAGUGGGAUUUUUCCUCGUCAACUGCUGGAUCCUGGGCGUCAUAGUAAGCGACGGCGGAGAGGUCACAGCAACGCCUACCACUAGGAAGACAAAGUAG